CUGAAAUAAUUUGUCAAAUAGACUUUCCAACAUUUGCAAUCAUGGAGAAGGAAACAUAAAUUUUCGUAUUUUAAUUCAAAUUACAUUACCACCGUUAAUAUCACCACGAUGGCUAUAAAUCAAAAUUAAAUUCAAAUCAAAACCAAAGAACUCUUAAAGGGGCGAUAUGGUAUUGUGCAAUCAACAUCAAAAACAGUACACGGACCAUCGGAUAUCUGAUAUGAAACUGACGCGCAGCGCAUCAGACCAGAAUGUGUUCUUCACUUAUGUAUGCCUGGUCAAUGAAGUAAAACCAUCCUUUGCUAGCAACGGAGUGAGCUCGACAGACCGAGGACUAUUACGAACAUCGUUUCAUAUUAUACAUGAGAAUGCUGAUGAAAUUAUUCAAGAACAGCCAAUUCAAGUGGAAAGAUCAAAAGCCCUUCAUGAGCUUGUCGAGUCACAUAAACAUGAUCGUGAUGUCGCUGGACAGGAAACAGUUCAAACAAAGGAUAAACCGGUAAAUGAAAAUAAUGAAUCAGACACAGAAGAUUCUAAUCAUUAUGUAAACCCAAAGAAACUAACGCUAACUAAAAUGAAGUGGCUAACCGAAGGACGUACGGAUUCUCCAGAUUCUAGUUCACCAUAUUUAACACCAGACAGCUCGAUGACUUCAAUCGGUAGUAGAAAAUCCGAAGAUAUGAUGGACACUCAUGAAAGUUUCGGUGACAAAUGUUUAUCCACAAUACUAAGGCUCGAUCGAGAGCACAAUAUGUUUGGAUUGUCAAAUAUUGCCAUCGUGGAUAAAAAGGUGUCAAAGAAAAUACGCAAAGAAGAUGAUAAGCCAGUGUUUCCACAGAAUCCGAUAGUUCAGAUAUGCUGUGGUAGAAGUUGCUGUAAACACAAGAGUAACACGGAUCUACCAGCGUCUCUAAAGUGCUCCGGAUGUCGAAGUUGCUGCAUUGAUCCAUGUUGCCUUAUUUGUGCAGGCAAAUGUGGAACACCAAGUAAGGAUCCGCCGUGCCCAUCACUUUGCACUCAAUGCCCACGAGGCAAAUGUGUUUGUAAGGAAUCAUGUUUACCCUCAAAGUGUAGGAUUGAUUGCACAACUUGUUAUGGCAUGAAGAUCACAUUUAAAAGGAAACCAAAAUUUGAUCCAUCUCCUAAUGAACUUACUCCAAGAUCUAGCUGUAUUUUGCAAAAACCAAUGGCCUGUCGCUCCUGCCACCACCUUCCCCAAUGUAUCCCACCCUCCAACUGCUUCCCAUAUCUGAUGCCGUGUUACUGGCCUUCGCGAGCUGGGGCACCUUGCAAUCACCCAUCCCGAUGCUUCCAUAACCCGCCAUGUCGACCGCCGAGAAAAAGAGCGUCGUGCAUUCCUCCUGACGAAGUUUGCCCGACCACGGGUAAAUGUGCAGACGAAGCUAAAAAUACGAAAUGUAGCAAUCAAGCCUGCCCUGGGCAAAAUCCAGUGAUGAAAUCAGCUAUCGAGAAAAGAUUUGGAGACAAAAAGUGAACAAUUAUACCUAAUGGUUAUCAGCUUGGAAUCUCGUCCCAGUUGCAGUUCUAUAGAGACAGAAGCACAAAAUCGGAUGACACAGUAAGAUCCCAUUGAAAAUGUGCGCCAAUUUCCUUGCGGUCGAUCUUGAGAUCAAUUUUAUCAAGAGUUUUACUAGGUAGCAUCAUUUCACCUGUUAUUUAAGAAAAUAUGUUACUUAUUACCUAAUUACUUUUUAGAACAAACGUAUAAAACGUAAUAAAAGCUCAUU